AUGGCGGAUCCAGGGGGGGGGGGUCAUGGACUCAAGACCCCCUCCCCCCGAGCUGGUUGGCAGUUAAUACAAGAAUUUGUAAGAAAGCUACGUGAUUCUGCAAUGCAAGCUAUAGAAGCAGUAAGAAGCUUCACAGAUGGUGUCAAAGAAGAAAUUAAUUUGUACAUAGAGAAGAUUCAUGCAGACAAACAAAGGUUACUUAGACGAAUUAAAGAAGCUGUAAGGAAAGUAACCGAUAAGUUAUUUGACGCUGGAGAGGCAAUAACAACCUGUGUAGAGUCUCAUCGUGAAGAAGCAGACACUCUCAUCGAACAAACGUAUCUCAGGUCCAGAGCCUGUGCUGAUGACCGUAUAAAAGAAGUCAACGAUAUGAUAGAUGAACUUACCACAGAGUCAAACACUGCGCUCGACUAUUCCAAAGAUGUAUUGGAAAGCAUGAGAAAUUGCUCCAAAAACGACGAUGGAUCCAUUUUAAAUGUCAGUCAAUGCUUAAAUCCUCUAACAAAUGAGGUUCAGUACUCGGGAGCUACAUUCGCUGCGAAUAGUGGAAUCUCGAUAGCACGUAUCAAUGCGGCUCUAGGUACGUUACCGGCUGCCUUCGAAAUGUGUGCAGGUUAUAAUAUGAUCAGAGCAACGAUCAGCACUGCAAAAAUUGUAAUCGACAUUGGAAGAUGCUCGGCGAAAUCCUUUAUUUCAUCUAUUCCAUCUACUGAUUAUAAUGUAGAUGCAUUAUUAACUAUACAACGAAGCUCUGAACAAAGAAGUCUAGCAGAUUUAUGGAAGAGCGUUAAACAAAGUGCAAUCAAUGCAUGGGAGUCCGUGAAGAACAUCGCUAAUCAUACAGCUGAAAGAAUAAAUGUAUGGAUUCGAAAUAUUAAAACGAAGGCAAAUGAAAUCAACAAUGUGUUUAUAAGUCGUAUACAAAAAAUGAAGGAGGAAAUAAAUAAUUUAAUUGCGAAUGUUAAAGUGUCAGGCGCACUUGUAAAAGAAUGCAUCAAGAAACAACAGGAAGCAAUAGAAGAAAUCUUAAAAGGUAUACUAAUUAAUGUAACGACUUGCAUAUCACAAAGUGUCUACCAUCUGCCGCUGCCAGAAGACACAACCACACAUUUAUUAAUUGAGAAGAAUGAAUUUAUUAGUAACGUAGAUAAGGCAUUACAAGCUUGUCUCAAUCAUGAAAAUAUCGAUGAAUGUUUUAACGAUGUGAGGAAAAAUGUGUACAAUGAUUUAGAGAACGAAGAAAAGGCCAUACUAAAUUACAGAGAUGAAACCAGAGCAAUAGUAGACGACAUCUUAAACACAAUUGUAUCUUGUACAAGCAAUGGUCUUAUAGAGGCUUCCGCUGCCAUCACCAAUACAACUAUACAGAUAAUUAAAUGUGUUUCUGAAGCAUCAUUUAACUAAUAAUUGAUAUUAUUUUA